AGCAUCAAGGCGGGGCCCAGAAGAAGGGGCGGGGCGUGGGAGAAGCCUCCCCGCCCGCCCCGCAAUGUGGCACCUGCUGGUCCUUCGGCUUCUGCUGUUGAGUGCCCCGGUGUCUCCAUCCACUGCCGCCCCAAUCCGCGAUGCUGACGUCCAGGACAGCUCCUCGGCUUUUCUAGGCCUCCAGAGCCUACUCCAAGACUUCUCUCGGCUCUUCCUAAAAGAUGACCUGCUGCGUGGCAUGGACAGCUUCUUCUCUUCCCCCGUGGACUUCCGGGGCCUCCCCAAGAACUACCACCAAGAAGAGAACCGGGAGCGAAGGCUGGGAAACAAGACGCUCGCCAGCCACCUCCAGCUUGAUAAGGUGACCGACAACAAGACAGGAGAGGUACUGAUCUCGGAGAAAGUGGUGGCAUCCAUCGAGCCAGGAGAGGGCAAUUUGGAGGGUGACUGGAAGGUACCGAGGGUAGAGGAGAAGGAUGUCCUGGAGCCUGUGCAGAAGGCCUUGAGCAGCUUCCGCCCGGAGCCCCACCCUCGAGUGGCCUUCUGGAUCAUGAAGCUCCCGCGACGCCAUUGGCACCAGGACACCCCGGAGGGCGGCCGAGGGCUCAGCGAGAAGCGAACCCGCCUGCAGGCCAUCCGGGAUGGGCUCCUCGAGGGGAGCCGAGAGGACGCUCAGGAUGACGGGACCCCGGGCUCCUUCCGCAGCAAGCUGCCAGCCCCUCGCAAGACUCACUUCCUGUACAUCCUCAGGCCCUCCCAGCAGCUGUAGGCCGGGCCACAGAUGGCUGCAUACAGCCCUCCACCAGCU